CUUCGUCGUUCACAAGAGCAGGCAACAAAGUUGAAUAACAGGGGAUGUAGAAGCGAGGCACGGGAUGAGGGCCAGGACCCGGCCUCUCGGGUGCCUGUCGCCACCCUUCCUGAACCCGUUCAUGGACAAGCGUUGUCACAGUCGUAACUUCUUAAAGCCUAAUAUCGCACUUCUCUAGCUCGCUGUGUGUCACUGACUCACAGGCUCUGCCGAGACUGUUGCAUUUCGGCAGGUUUGGGCGUGGGUGUCUCAUGAUAUCAGUUCCAGGCUGAGCCUGCUGUCAUAAGCCUUGUACAAAUGGCAAACAGCUGGCUUUCGAGCGCUUGGAGCACCGUUAGCGCUUAUGUGCCCGGGCUGACGGGAGGCGCAAACACACAGCUGGAGCCCCCGCCCAAAGUGGUGCUGGUGCCGCCCUUUUUCCAGCGGGAUGUCAGGGGCCUGUCGAGGUUCUGCCGCUCUUCCUACGACUAUCUGGGCAGUCGCAAGCAGCUGUCGCGGCUGCUGCGGGACCACCUGCAGCCCGAGGUGCGCGGCGGGCUGCUGCUCAGCCCGCCCGACGACCAGCGAGUCAGCGUACGCGCGCGGCUGAGACACGGCGGCGGCUCCAUGGUGCUGCGCUGGCAGCCCACGGGCGCCGCCGACCUGCACACCUUCCUGGAGCUGGCGGCGGCACUGGAUUCCCCGGGUCACGUGCUGUGCCGCGCCGCCUACCUGCACCCCGCCAGCGGCCUGGGCGCCUUCGCCGUGGCGCCGCUGCUGGCGGGGGCCGGCGGCGGCGGCGGCGGCGGCAGUGGUGGUGCGGGUGGAGGAGGAGGAGGGGCAGUGGCGACCAGCGCGCCCCAGGUGGGUGUGCGCUACAGCUCGGAGUCGCUGGCGGCGGGGGCCAUUGUCUCGGCGGGCGGCGGCGGCGGCGGCGGCGGCGCGGAGCUGGAGCGGGCGUGGCUGGCCGCCCGCACGCCCCACGGCCUGACCCUGGGUGUGGAGCUGCGCCCCGCAGCCCCCCUGCACCAGCUGGCGGCGGCGGCGGCGGAGGGGAUGGCGGCGCUCAGCGGCGCCGCCGCCACUGCUGCUGCGGCACCCCCAUCGACAUCACCAGCUCCAGCAGCAAAAACAACACCAACAGCAACAGCAACAGCGGCCACGUCACCACCUGCUGCUGCUGCUGCUGCUCCGGCGGCGGCAACCGCGGCCCCUGGUUCGUCGGCUCCGCCUCCGCUGCCGCCGCUGGCGCACCUGGGCGGCUGGCUGCGGUCGCGGUCCAGUGUCCUGCUGGCCUACUCGCCGCCACCACAUGCCGCCGCGGCUCGGGGGCAGCAGCAGGCGGCAGCAGGCUCGCCCGGCUCCUCCUUCACUGCGGCGGUGGAGGUGGCGGACGGCCAGCGCGUCACCUUCUCCUUCUUCCAACACGUGGCCGCUACAAGGCAAGUGGUCAACCCAUUUGAGGAGAACGAGGUGGUUGGGAUCACCAACUACCUGGACCUCGGGCUGCAACUGACAACUGCCGUGCCGUCCGGGCCAACCGCCGCCGCCGCCGCGCCAGGAGCAGCGCCGCCGACGAAGCAGCAGCAGCCUGCCGGCAGUAGCAGUAGCAGUGGCGGUGGCGGUGGUGGUGGUGCUACUGCCGCAGCUUCCAGUGUGGACCUGGCGGCAUCGUGGCAGAUCAACAAGAACUGGAUCGUCAAGGCGCGGGUGGGCAGUGAGAGCGCCGCUGCCGCCAUUGGGGUGCGCCGGAACGUGGACGCCGACACCGCGGCGGCGGUGGCAGCGGCGGCACGGGGCGGCGAGCUGGAGGCGGAGCGGCGGCGCGUGGCGGCACUCAUGUAGGCGGAGGCGGAGGCUGCAGGUCAAGAGGCGGAUGGAGGCCGUGGCGGCGGUGGCGAUGCCGGAGGGUUUGUUGGCUGGAGGAGGUGAGGGUGGCAGGGGGGAGGGCCGGCCCGGAGCAGGCAGGGUCACGGGAGCAAAGGGGCAGGCAGAGCGCGGGCCGCGCCCACGACACCCGGACACGGCCGGGCCUUGGCGGCUGGCAGUUGCGCUGCCUGCCGGGUGGCGAUGCCAGGAGCAAAAUGAACAUGCCAUGGUCAAUAAGAAUUUCCAGUGCACAAUGUUACCGGCAACUUUCCGGAGGCUUGUGCCGGUGUGGCGGUGCCCUCCCUAGGGGCGCUCAAUCGAGUUGCCGGCAAAAGUUGAGCGCGUGGAGGGAUGGGGCGUUGCUGUUUUGCAUGUUGCGAGUGUCAGGCGUUGUUGGUUGGCAUUUGGCAGGGCGCCGCAGUCUUGAUCGCAUUCCCACUCGCAGACCGGUGCACACCGGGUGUCCGAGGCCGCACAUUGACGGUGGCUGGAUCCUGGUGGGGGCAGCGGAGGGGCAUGGCUGGAGUGGGAGGUGCGGCGCGCUGACACGGCGGUGUGUUGUGGUAGCUGGAGAGACCUGGCGCACUUGUGUUGUGACAGUGACGGGAUUCACUCCACGAGGAUACACUCCACGAGGAUACACUCCACGUAUUGUACCAAAGCUGCCCAAGCUGUCAAACAUGAUGCCGCAAGGCAUAAGGGCAUGGGGAGCAGGCGAGCCGUUAGGGCGGGGCGGGGGGGGCGGGGCGGGCGUCAUUCGGCCGAGCGCGAGUGUGGUGUAUGACCUCACAAGUUGUGACUCACUAGCGAUUGGAGUCGACUUUCAAUCAGAAGAAGCUGACUUCUUCAAGCACGCUCGGACUGACUUGAUGUGCACGGCACUGGCCAGACCCUCUGACCGCA